AUGCGCAUGCUUCGAUGGGCAGGGGGGUUACACUUAGAGAUAGGGUUCAAAAUAUGUCCGGGUAGCUUCAAGGUGGCACCACUUACCGAAAAAUUGAAGGAAUCCAGAUUGAUAUGGUUUGGACAUGUGAUGCGUAGACCGGAAGAUCACGUAGUGAAGAAGUGCCUUUCCAUGGCUACUAAGAAGAGAGGGAGAGGCAAGUCCCUGAAUACCUGGAUGACGAAUGUUCGGAGGGACAUGAGGGAGUUGGGCCUGUCAGCUGAUGACGCUUAUCGGCGAGAUGAAUGGCGCCUCAAAAUGAGCAAAGCCGACCCAUCAUAA